GUUGGGGUCAUGGAAAAACACGGGUCUUCACGGGAUGGCAGCUUCUGGGCAGACGAGGGGCGCCCCAGUCCUGCCCCAGCCCCAGCAAGCCGCCAUCGAUGCCACCCCCCCUGCCUGGCUUAUACCCGAACCAGGUUGAUGCUGCCCGCCAGACGUGACCAAUCUGGGAGUCUGGGCAGUCUGGAGGCUUUCUGUGCUUGGGCUUCGUGAUCCGGCCAUUACGAUUUUGUCCGAUCUGGCCAGACAGCCAAACCCUUCCGAGCCGAACCUCACAGCCAGAGCUUGCACCUCACGCGCGCGACCACAGCCGCCCCUCCAACGACGACACACACCCACCGCCGCCGCUCGUGCACUAGGCUGCCUUGGCUGUCAACUCGCGCUAGUCAUUGCCCUAUUCUCUGCCAUCUGCUACACUACCCAACACUAGUCGGCACUAGGCUGACGAACAAAGAGACACGACAAAGAGCCCAUUGUUCCGGCCUGUACUGCCAUGGUCUCCAGUUCCCGAGACUGCAGGGGUUUCCAGGAGGUCUGCUCCGAUUUGAAUUCGUGAUCGGGCAUAUCGAUGUCAAAGAAAGUCUUAGGCCAGUGGAAUGUCUCGAAAUGUCGUCACGGGCUCCACAGGCGCUCGAAAUCCUCUUCUCGUUCCUAUAUAUCCUCGGGUUCGUGCUAGACUUAGGCCGGGUUGCUACCUGAACUACGCCCACUCCGCCGACAUCUCGUCGUUUGCUCCAUAUUAUCCAACACGAUAUUCCCCGUUUCUAUCCGUCUUGAGUUCAGCCGCCAACCGACGACCCCAGACUUAUUGCCAGACUACUGCUAUCUCGCGAAGUUUAAGAACCAUGCCUGACCCCGUCCAAAGAACCGCUUCUCCCUACCAUGAUCCUGCAGUGAAAGGACCUAAAUCGCAACAACUCACCUCUGGUCUUUCACGUUCCCUUCGACAAGACACAAUGAUUAGUAACAAGGUUAACAAGACUGCUCUCCACCCUAGUGGUGUCGAGCCAUCUCGUGAGAGAGAACACACAGAAUUAGAAGAGGAACUGCACGAGAAGGCCCACAUCGACUAUGACAGAGUCGCUAUUAUCCCCAACCCUUCUGUCGCUGCCUUGUACGAAGAUGCUCUCGUAUACGAGAUGGGUUCAGCUGUUGCAUCGAGCGGCGCCUUGACAGCCUAUUCCGGAGCGAAGACAGGCCGAUCACCAUCGGACAAGAGAAUUGUCAAAGAGCCGUCAUCAGAAAACAACAUUUGGUGGGGACCUGUAAACAAGCCCAUGGCUCCAGAGGUCUGGAAAAUCAAUCGUGAACGCGCUGUCGACUACCUGAAUACAAGAUCGAGAAUCUACGUCGUCGAUGGCUAUGCCGGUUGGGACGAGAAGUACAGGAUUCGCGUCCGUGUCGUCUGCGCUCGCGCCUACCAUGCUCUUUUCAUGAGAAACAUGCUUAUCCGCCCUCCUCGUGAGGAGCUCGAGCACUUCCACCCGGACUACACAAUCUACAACGCCGGUACAUUCCCCGCCAACCGCUACACUGAAGGCAUGACCUCGGGUACCUCUGUCGCCAUUAACUUUGCCGAGAAAGAGAUGGUCAUCCUGGGUACGGAGUACGCUGGUGAAAUGAAGAAGGGUGUCUUCACCGUCUUGUUCUACGAGAUGCCUGUGUUACAUAAUGUCCUCACGCUACACUCCUCCGCCAACGAGGGUAAGAAUGGUGAUGUUACGCUCUUCUUUGGUCUGUCCGGCACCGGCAAGACUACCCUCUCGGCUGAUCCCAACCGUGCUCUGAUUGGUGAUGACGAGCACUGCUGGAGCGACCGAGGUGUUUUCAACAUCGAAGGUGGCUGUUACGCCAAGUGCAUUGGUCUCUCGGCUGAAAAGGAGCCUGAUAUCUUCAACGCCAUCCGCUUCGGUUCCGUUUUGGAAAAUGUUGUUUUCGACCAGGAAACGCGAGAGGUCGAUUACGAUGAUGCCACUCUUACCGAGAACACCCGGUGUGCAUACCCCAUCGAGUACAUCAGCAACGCCAAGAUCCCUUGUCUUUCCGAGAACCACCCUAGCAACAUCAUUCUUCUGACUUGCGAUGCUCGCGGUGUCCUACCUCCCAUCUCCAAGCUCGACAGCGCGCAGACCAUGUUCCACUUCAUCUCUGGCUACACCUCCAAGAUGGCUGGUACCGAGGACGGUAUUACCGAGCCCCAGGCCACCUUCUCGUCUUGCUUCGCCCAGCCUUUCCUGGCCCUUCACCCCAUGCGCUACGCAAAGAUGCUGGCAGACAAGAUCGAGCACCACAAGGCCAACGCUUGGCUGCUGAACACUGGCUGGGUGGGUGCUGGCUACGUGCAUGGCGGCAAGCGAUGCCCAUUAAAAUACACUCGUGCCAUCCUUGACGCCAUCCACUCGGGUGAGCUCGCCAAGGCCGAGUACGAAACCUACGAGGUGUUCAACCUGCAGGUUCCCAAGUCGUGCCCCAAGGUACCGGACGAACUCUUGAACCCCAAGACAGCCUGGACGGCGGGCGCAGACAGCUUCGAUCAGGAAGUAAAGAAGCUGGGUAGCCUCUUCAACGAGAACUUCAAGAAGUACGAGUCCGAGGCGACAGACGACGUCAAGGCGGCGGCACCAGUUGUUUAGAUCACGUCAUGCAUGCAUGCAUCCUUCCAUCCUCUAAAAGAGCAUAGGCGCUAAUCGGUGGCAUUACUAUCAUGAUACACACACGCAUAUACCUAUUUUCUCAGUAGGUUUUCCGCCUUCGACGGUUCUUUUUUUUUUUUUUUAAUCUUUACCAUGUAUUGGCGGUGCCAAGGGAAAAUGGCACGAGAGGGCGGGCCGAAGCGAAACACUCUAUAUGCCUUGUUGGAAUGAACACACAGUUACAGUGUGGUUCACGCUUGGGGAACUUAGUUCCCGAUACGAAAGAAUAGCUUAGCUUGUUAGACAUAUAUCGUUUUUCACGACGAAAAUAAUAUCAAUUCAAUCAAA